AUGGAUUCUCAGAUCCCCUUCAUGGAUUUGAUGAAUGAUGGGUCAACUGCAUAUGAGGCUGGCUAUGGUGGGAAUUACAAUAGUUUAGGUGUUGGAGGGGAUGGAGAUGAACGGGAGGACAACAACGACGAAGAAAAGGGUAGCAAGAGGCUACCAUGGACCGAAGAGGAUAACAUUCGAUUGAAAAUGGAUCCUGAAGGUGCAAUUGCCAACGGAAGCAUACACUUGCAAUGGACUGAAGAAGAAGACCUGCAACUGAUCUUUGCGUGGUUAAACAACUCAAUUCAGGCUAUCGAUGAAAAUUUAGAGGAUUUGUGGAACCAAAUCGCCAACGAUUUCAAUGAAAAUAGUCUUCAUGAACGACGGAGGCAGUCAAUCCAAUGCAAGCGACACUGGUAUAAGCUGAAUAAUAGAAUUGUCCUAUUUCAUAGUAUGUGGCGUAGGGUGAGAGAUUUGUACAUUACUUGCAGAUCUAGUGAUGAAUUAGUGUCUAGAGCACUUGAUAUGUACAGGUCAGAAACAAACAAGUCCUUCAAAGAUCUGAACUCAUGGAGUGUGCUAAGGAAUGAGCCCCAUUGGAACUUGAUCAACUUCCAGUGA